AUACAUAUAUAUGUAUGUGUAUAUGUCUUUAGCGCACAGACCAAUCAGCAAGGCGCACAAAUCCAAAUCUUUUCCACCACAGCGUCAGAGCGCAAUGCAGUGCCUCAUUGGCCGUGGGAAGUUAUGUGAGAGCACGUGCUGUUGAUUUUCGCUUAAGUUGUUUUGUUGCCACAUUAAGUGUUGUUACUAUAAUUUGUACGUAGUGGUUGGUGUAAUUUCAAAUUCCAAUACAUAGACAUACACCAUGGAUAUGCACACCAGCAGCUUCUACAGCAACAGCUGACACAAACGAAACCUUAUAAACGCAGCCCAAUCCAAAGGCUCCACAAAGGUCUCAGCAAACACGUCGACAUACAUAUACACAUUAACUGCUGGAACUGGCUGUGCGCCACCACCGAAUGUGAGAGAGAAUGCUCAAUAAGAUUUACCUGUCGCCUACCUGCCGACCGAACUGUGGUGAAUUGCUUGCAUGGCUAAGGAGUCGCUAUAAAUACCGCCGCCAGGAGACUGUUGAAGGCAUACGCUUGCAGGACGUGAACGUGUAGACAUUUACUCACUAGUAAACUGUAGAUUUAAAUUUGUGAUUUUCUUGCGAAUUCGAAAUACAUUCGACUAAAAAUACAAGACAACAUGUCGUCCAGUGAAAUAUAUCGUUAUUAUUAUAAAACCUCCGAGGAUUUGCAGGCAUUCAAAUCGAAUGCGAACGAGAUGUUCUUCAAUCCGAUGGCGGCGUAUAAUCCGCCACCACUGGUGAGCGCAAAUCAGCAGCAUCAUCAUCAACUUCACCAGGAACAGCAGCAACAACAAUACCAUUGUGCGCCCAACAACAAUUUCUUGCCAAGCAACGGCUUCAUCACUUUCGAGCAGGCUUCCUCUGAUGGUUGGAUUACUUCAUCGCCAGCGAGUCAUCGCUCGGAAAGCCCUGAAUAUGUGGAUCUUAAUAUGAUUUAUGCUAAUGGCGCGCAUAGCGGCGCUCAUCCAUUGCACGCGACUGUAACACAAUACGGUUUACAUUUGGAAUCGUCACCACCAGCACAAAAUUUACUAACUGGCUUGACCAACACAACGCCAACAACUACCAAUGCCACAAAAACAAUCGCCUCCAAAGCGCAAAACAGCGGUGCCACAACCAAAGCGAAGCGUUCCUAUACACGCCGCACACCAAAAGCCACACCAGCGCCAACAACUUCACCUGCAUUGCCGCCAAUCACCAGCGAUGCCAUCGUUUCCAUUGCGACCAAUGCAGCCGCCGCGAUUAGCGCCAAUCCGCUUACUGUCACCAAUACGCCAUAUACGCACGAUUUUCAAAAUUUCGAUUUUGACCAAGCGGCAGCAUUGUUUGAUGGCGACAGUGUUGACGACGAAGAUAUGGACGAUCAAUUGAUGCUCUUCGGUGCUGACGACGACUUUGAAGCCGCAGAUGGUUCCUUCGAGCUCGCCGAACAAUCCGCCACCAUGCAAGCGAAUGGUGAUUCCAGCGCGUCCGCACAACCCGGCGCUAAGAAGCGACGUGGCAAGCAAAUCUCGCCCGUGGUCAAGCGUAAGCGUCGUUUGGCGGCCAAUGCGCGUGAACGCCGUCGCAUGCAAAAUCUCAAUCAGGCUUUCGAUCGGCUGCGUCAAUAUCUGCCAUGUCUAGGAAACGACCGACAACUCUCCAAACAUGAAACGCUACAGAUGGCGCAGACUUACAUUUCGGCGUUGGGCGAUUUAUUGCGCUAAGUUGCAAGAGCAGUGCUGGUUCAAGGCGUGGCCGUUGCAGUAUUUUUUGUUGUUGUUGUGAGAUAUAAAUGACUGAGUUAGACAAUACAAAUGUAAAUAUGUAGUUGAAGUUUCCCUAGUUGUAAGCUGUGUAUUUGUUGCUGUAUAUUUAUUUAGCAUUAGAUUUGUUUAAAGAAUAUUAAAUUAAGAAAACCAAAUAUUGUAUAUAAGAAACCGGAAGACAAAAAAUAAUAUGCCUAAGUUUAGUUAAAGAAAUAAAAUAAUAGAAAUAAUUAACAAAUCAAAUGAUUGAAUUUUAUUUUUAUCACCAUAUAUUUUGAAAAGAAACUCCAAGAAAAGAAGAAGUGGAGUUAAGUA